AUGGGCUCCGAAGGCGUCGUCACGGAGAGCUUGUCUCCCUUUGGAAUUGCGCGCGCGACCGUCAAUGAGAAGCCUCUCACCAAGGAGGAGGUCCGCAAGUACGAUGCUUAUUUCAAAGCCACCAUGUACCUAUGCCUCGGCAUGAUCUACCUAAAGGACAACCCCCUGUUGAGGCAGCCACUGCGCCUCGAGCACGUCAAGGCCCGGCUUCUUGGCCACUGGGGCUCCGAUGCCGGUCAGAGCUUCACAUACAUUCACUUCAACCGCCUAAUCAAAAAGUAUGACUUGGAUUCCAUCUUUAUCUCCGGUCCAGGCCACGGAGCGCCGGCGGUGCUCGCCAAUGCCUACCUGGAGGGAACCUACUCGGAGACGUAUCCCGACAAGUCUGAAGAUGAAGACGGCAUGCGCCGCUUUUUCAAACAGUUCUCCUUCCCAGGUGGCAUUGGAAGUCACGCAACGCCAGAGACCCCCGGCAGCAUUCACGAGGGUGGUGAGCUGGGAUAUGCCAUCUCGCACGCCUUCGGUGCGGUCUUUGACCACCCAGAACUCAUUGCCCUGACCAUGGUGGGAGAUGGCGAGGCAGAGACUGGUCCACUCGCUACCAGUUGGCACAGCACCAAGUUCCUCAACCCCAUCACCGACGGUGCUGUCCUUCCCGUGUUGAACCUCAAUGGCUACAAGAUCAACAAUCCCACCCUUCUUGCCCGCAUCAGCCAUGAAGAGCUCGAAGCGCUCUUCAGGGGCUACGGCUGGGAGCCAUACUUUGUCGAAGGCAGUGAGCCGGAGUCAAUGCACCAAGCCAUGGCAUCCACGCUCGAAGACUGCGUCAAGAAAAUCAAAGCGUACCAAUCCGAAGCGCGCGAGACAGGCAAAGCCUUCCGGCCGCGGUGGCCGAUGAUCGUGCUGCGCACACCCAAAGGCUGGACCGGGCCCCGCAAGCUCGGCGACCACUUCCUCGAGGGCUUCUGGCGAGCACACCAAGUCCCGAUCACGGACGUGGCGACGAAGCCGGAGAGCCUGCUGAAGCUGGAGGACUGGCUACGCAGCUACAAGCCCGAGGAGCUGUUCGACGAGGCGGGCAGGCUGGUGCCUGAGCUGCGCGAGCUGGCGCCCUCGGGAAAUCGGCGCAUGUGUGCCAAUCCCGUCGCGAAUGGCGGACUGGUCAGGCACAAGCUGCACGUACCGGACUUCCGCGACUUCAAGUUCCAUAUCUUGAAGAGUGGCGUGUCCGAGGAUGGCAGCAUGAACCGCUUCGGCACGUUCUUGCGCGAGGUCGUUCGUAGGAACAUGGACAAUUUCCGGGUGUUUGGCCCGGAUGAGACGCAAUCGAACAAGCUGGAUGCGAUCUACGACGUGGGCAAGAAGGUCUGGCUUGCGGAUUACUUUGAAGAGGACGAGGACGGCGGAAACCUGGCCUACAACGGCCGGGUCAUGGAGAUGCUGAGUGAGCACACGGUCGAGGGUUGGCUGGAGGGCUACAUCUUGUCCGGCAGACAUGGUCUGCUGAACAGCUACGAGCCCUUCAUCCACAUCAUCGACUCGAUGGUGAACCAGCACUGCAAGUGGCUUGAGAAGUGUAUCGAGGCAAACUGGCGCGUCAAGAUUGCCUCGCUCAACAUCCUCCUCACAGCUACCGUCUGGCGCCAAGACCACAACGGCUUCACGCACCAAGACCCCGGCUUCCUGGACGUCGUGGCCAACAAAUCCCCCGAAGUCGUGCGCAUCUACCUCCCACCCGACGCAAACUGCCUGCUCAGCGUAGCGGACCACUGCCUCCGCAGCAGCAACUACGUGAACGUCAUCGUAGCAGACAAGCAGAACCACCUGCAGUACCUCGACAUGGACGCCGCAAUCGCGCACUGCACGAAAGGGCUCGGGAUCUGGGAGUGGGCAUCGACAGACAUCGGCGAGGAGCCAGACGUCGUAAUGGCAUGCUGCGGCGACGUGCCGACGCACGAGUCGCUAGCCGCGACAGCGCUGCUGCGCCAGCACCUCCCCGGCCUCAAGAUCCGCUUCGUCAACGUCGUGGACCUGUUCAAGCUGAUCCCAGCGCACGAGCACCCCCACGGCCUCAGCGACGCAGAGUUCAAGGCCAUCUUCACAGACGACAAACCCGUCAUCUUCAACUUCCACUCGUAUCCCUGGCUCAUUCAUCGCUUGACGUAUGCGCGCCGUGGCCAGCAUAACCUGCAUGUUACGGGGUACAAGGAGAAGGGCAAUAUCAAUACCCCGCUCGAGCUGGCUAUGCGCAAUGGCACUGAUCGCUUCAGCCUCGCUAUCGAUGCUAUUGAUCGCAUUCCUGGGCUCGGGAACCGUGGUGGAGUGGCUAGGGAACGCUUGUUGAAUGAGCAGAUUACGGCGAAGAAUUACGCUUUCCAUGAGGGAGUUGAUCCGCAGGAGUUGCGGGAGUGGCGGUGGCCGUUUUAG